UGAGCACGUCCUAGGAAGGAAAGCAUAGCGAAAGAUCCGCGUAAAGCCAGCGUAAAGCCAGAGUAAGCAAUUGUACUGAAUCAUGUCCAUUGGUGUGCCAAUCAAAGUUUUGCACGAGGCUGAAGGCCACAUAGUUACGUGCGAAACCAUUACGGGCGAAGUGUACCGCGGGAAGCUGAUUGAAGCCGAAGACAACAUGAACUGCCAGAUGACACAGGUUACCGUAACCUAUCGCGAUGGCCGGGUGGCCAAUCUGGAGAAUGUAUACAUCCGAGGCUCGAAGAUACGUUUUCUCAUACUUCCGGACAUGCUGAAGAAUGCGCCAAUGUUUAAAAAGCAAGGUGCGAAAACGGGCACUGCCGGCCGCGGCAAGUCGGCGAUCCUUCGAGCGCAAGCGGCUCGUGGGAGAGGGCGUGGAGCGGGCGGAGGAGGAGGCGGAGGCCGUGGCGGCAACAAAGGAGGCUGGCAGGGCCAAGGACAACAAUCUUCUGGCCGUGGACGUGGUGGACUAUAGAAGCUGUCUUGAUCGCGUAGUUUUAAGUGCGAAAUAUGUAUUUUAAGGACACGUUCAGGAUGUUUCUCAGGUAUGGUUUCUUUGGAACCAGCUGUCCAUACACUACGUUUAUGGAACUUUUGGCGAACCGUAGACCGAAUCCAGAUCAUACGAAGAGCAAAACAUGUAUAAAAAUACACAACCAACAAGAAACAUACAAGUAAUAAUCACAGCAGCAUCAAAAGAACAUUCUCCUCUAUAAUGUACUCACAUCCUAUCUUACAGCUGCGGUUGUAGAUAACUUCUAACAUCUUUCUACAACUCAAAAAUCAAUUAUAAUAAUGAAAAAUUAUGAGUGA